AUGUCCCACGAUCUACACGUCAAGCUACCAAAUGGUAAAACUCACACCAAAAGCAAGGUAUUCUACUACGCUAAACCCACCUCCGACACCAUCGAGUUCUUCUCGGCGGUCCACAGAGGAUCAUGCCAGGAGACUACCAAUGCGGGUCUAACACUGGCAGCGCAAGUGGAACAGAAAUUAAGAGAGAGCGGAAGGUACGCUCCCAAUGAAGAAUCAGCUAAGCAUUUCGCAGAACAGACGAUUUCAACUAUUCGUAGACCCUGGAAAUUCUCUCGAGAUUAUUGCGUCACCAUCCCCAUGAGUACUGAAUCGUCAGUCAAGUCUCUUCAUCAAUUGACCGAGAUGAGCCAAAGUGUCAGAGCUCCUGUGAUGGUCUUAGCUACUCAUUCAUCAGUGGAGGACGGGUCGAUGAACCUCAUCAAAGAUGCUGGUGUGUAUAUUUCACCUGCUAGCGAGGUGUCCGAAGAAAACUUACGGGAAAUGAAUGACUUGGCUCAAGAGUUGAAGAAAUCGGAGGAUAUAUCUGCAUGGUCAGCCAACGAAACAGCAACAGAAGAAUAUCCUGGUAUGAACAUCAUGUCGAUGGACUGGGAGGACUUCAAGGAGUUGGAACGACAUGGGUUGAUCACACAAUCCAGUAAGGAACAAUCGUUCAAGGAUCGGUUGAGAAGUUGGAAACGUAAGUUGACGAAAUAG